GCGAUGUACCUCCACAUCCCGCUCGUCCUCUUCCUCGCCAGCACUGGCACCGUUGACGCUAGUCUCCUCGCUCGGAGUCAUGACUCGCUCGUCCGCGCCGCCACACGCGCUCACAAGCAUGCUGUUAAGCGUAGCGCCGUACUCGCGCGCGACCUCCGCCUCACCUUCCGCGACAUCCUUGCUGCCGACUCCCAACAGCAGCCGGCAUCGAUAGGCAACAGUCGUGUGUAUUGUGUCAACUCGCCUGCGCCAGGGCUCACAAAUAGCAAUGGGACGAAUGUAAACGGGAACCGCCCGACUGGCACUGCAAGCGCAAGCUCUCACGGGGCAUUUACGGGAACCGCAACUACGACAGCGUCCGCAGGAAGCUCGACGUCUUCGCCAGCGGCGAGUUCUCCAUGGAACUUGGUCCAAUCUUACCAAGGUUCUUCGUUCUUCACUGGUUGGGACUUUUUCGUCGGCGGGGACCCGACGAAUGGCAUUGUUACUUAUAUUGAUCAGCCCACCUCACAAUCCGCAAACCUCACGUCGAUAAACAGUGCAGGCCAUGCGAUCAUGAGUGUGGAGACAACUCCACAGGUCACCAACACACGCCAGAGCAUUCGGAUAACGACUCAGAAGACGUACACAGGUGGCCUAGUCAUCAUGGAUUCAGUCCACAUGCCGACCGGCUGCGGUACGUGGCCGGCAUUCUGGAGCAAUGGCCCUAACUGGCCGGCAGGCGGAGAGAUCGAUAUUGUCGAAGGCGUGAAUGACUACACAAACAACCAAGCGACGAUCCACACGAACCCUGGAUGCUCUCUUACAAGUGGAAAUUCGUCUGUGCUUGGUAUAUCAGGCUCCGUCGUUGGUGGAACCAACUGUGCUGCAGCGCAGACGGGGAACCAGGGCUGUGGUGUGCGUGCGAGCCAGACAAACUCAUUUGGUGCUGCCUUCAACGCUAUCAACGGUGGUGUCUAUGCUAUGAAAUGGGAUGACUCUGGUAUCUCGGUCUUCUUCUUCUCUCGCAGCUCGAUACCGUCCGACAUCACUGCGAACGCCCCGCUGCCUGACAACUGGGGCACGCCGAUGGCGUUUUGGCCGGCUGCCGGCUGCAACCCGUUCACCUUCUUCAACACGCAUUCCGCCAUCUUCGACACGACGCUCUGCGGUGACUGGGCGAGCGGCGUGUGGGGCAGCACGGGCGUUCCGGGACAGGAUCAGAGCUGCGCGCAGCUCACUGGCGUCUCAGACUGCGCAACAUACGUGAGGAACAACGGGGCAGCGUUCGCUGAUGCUUACUGGGAAGUCCGCUACGUACAGAUUUACCAAAGCUCAUAACCUCUAUGACCUGGCACCUUGUUUCAUCAAUCGUGUUUUCCGCACGACUCGCGCUAUUGGCGGCCCUUUCGAUGGAAGCCCGUUAACCAUGCAUACACGGAGACUUACGACACAUGAUCCCAGAUACUUAUCUAAAUAUUGUAUGAUAGAUAGAGCGCUAUUAGCAUGUACACUUUUUUUACUGUACUGUACUCUAGAUGUACAA